AUGCGCGACUCCCAGCAGGAGGGCAGCCCGCAGCCGCCGCCUCAGCAAGACCUGGACGGCGAGCGGCGGCUGGAGGCGCUGGAGGCGGGGGCCAAGGCACGCAAGGGCGUCAAGGCGGAGCAGGCGGAGGCGAUGCGGCCGUCCAGGCCGGCGCGGGCGUCCUCCUCUGCCAGCGGGGGCGUGGCGGAGUGGAAGGAGGGCCAGCUGUUCCCGGAGGGCUGGGAGGAGAUGGACCCGAUGCAGAAGGCGUAUGAGCUGUAUGUGGGCAAGCGCGGCUUCCUGUUCUGGGCCAACAAGGCGGCCCUGUGGUCUGUGGGCGGCCUGGUGGUGGGCUGGGCCAUCUUCCGCUUUGUGGGCCCCGCGCUGGGCCUCUACCAGCUGCAGAACGACCUGUCCACACCCAACUACUUGUGA